AAAGGGCUGUAGGGCUCGAGGCCCUGGUGGAAAUCGGGUUUUCCUCAGACUUGAGGUGAAGACAAACACACAGAAGAGGACGAGAAAUCCCAGACAGAGUGUGGCGGAAGACUGGGGUGAAGCUAAGGGGAUCGGUUUAUGGAUCCAGUGAGCCGUCCAGGUGCCCCCAAAGGCUUCUGAAAAUGGACGGACCUGUGAGGUCAAGAUUGGCCUACCUCAGUGACUUUCAAUUUGGAGCUGUUAACACAGAGACCAUCGAAGACGCUCUGCUCCAUCUGGCGCAGCUGAACGAGCAAGCCGUGCAGGAGGCUGCCGGCCGGAUGGGCAGCUUCAGGGAGACCCGGAUCGUGGAGUUUGUUUUUCUCCUGUCUGAACAAUGGUGUCUGGAGAAAUCCGUGAGCUACCAGGCUGUAGAAAUCCUAGAAAGGUUUAUGGUGCAGCAGGCAGAGGAUAUCUGCAGGCAAGCCACAGUCCAGCUGAGGGAGAAGACGGAGCCUCAGAGUUGGAAAGCUCUGAAAGAACAGCUUUUCAACAAGUUUAUCCUGCGUCUUGUGUCAUGUGUUCAACUGGCGAGCAAACUUUCCUUCCACUACAAGAUUAUCAGCAACGGUACGGUCCUGAGUUUCCUCCAGUCUCUGGGGUAUGUACACACUAAGGAGGAACUGCUGGAGUCAGAGCUUGACGUUUUGAAGUCCCUGAACUUCCAAAUCAAUCUGCCGACUCCCCUGGCAUAUGUGGAGAUGCUUCUGGAGGUUUUAGGAUACAAUGGCUGUUUGGUCCCAGCCGCACGGCUGCAUGCAACCUGCCUGACCCUGCUCGACCUUGUCUAUCUCCUGCACGAACCUGUGUAUGACAGCCUGCUCAGGGCUUCAGUUGAAAACUCCAGACCCAGUCAGCUGCAAGGGGAAAAGUUUGUUUCAGUGAAGGAAGACUUCAUGCUGUUGGGAGUAGGAAUCAUUGCGGCGAGUGCUUUCAUCCAAAGCCCUGAGUGCUGGGGCCAGGUUGUGGAGCAUUUGCAGAGCAUCACCGGCAUCACCCUGGAAAGCAUCGCUGAGUUCUCUUACGCAAUCCUGACUCACGGCGUGGGCGCCAACACUCCCCGGCGACGGCCUGUCCCCCCCCACCUGGAGGCUAGGGCUCUGGGGGCUGUCACUUCCUCCAACUCGUGAGGCGGGCUCCACUCACCAAGUAUCCAACAGCCUUCCGCCACUGCGCUCACCCCUCCUUUUGUUUACUCUCCAACUCAGGGGUACAAAAGUUCCAAGUAGCUUUUGAACUAUGUUUUGUGUUCCAACUUCAUGCUCAUUUUUCUGCAUUAGACAAAGUUAAAGUUGACAA